UGUUACAAGGUAGACGAUCUGGGCCGCGAUCUUUGGGGGAGAGGCUGCGAUCUUGAGGUUGACCGUUUACGCUUUGCUGAAGGUAGGGUUCGCGGUCGUGAUCCGGGAUGUCACGACUACUAUCUUUAUCGUGGGCACAAGUGAAGAGAAUUGCGAGUCGAUCGUCUAAACUCUCAACUCCUCCCUUGGUGGCUACUCUUGAAGUUCGCGGCUUUGGCUCCAGAGUUCGUGGCCAUGAUCUUAUCACUAGAGGCUGCUAUUUCAUGCUCUAGUUCACGGCCUCACUUCAUGGCCCUAGUCUUGGUACUGAAGGCUGCGAUCUUGGCUCCUUCAGCCGUGAUCUCCCAUUUUCCCCCCUUUUCUAGAGGUGUCAAUCGGGCCGGUUCGGGUUGGGUUCAAUAGGGUGGAGGGAAAGUCAGAUUUCGGUUUCAUCGGGUUGCAGGUUAGUCGAGUUUGGGUUUAUCGGUUUCGGGUUUGGGUUCAAUUGGGUUGUAGGUUAGUCGGGUUGCGGGUUCGAAUUCAAUCGGGUUGCGGGCAAAUUGGGUUGUGGGUUCAUCAGGUUUUGGGUGGGGCGGGUUGUGGGCGUAUCGAUUGCGGGUUGUAUGGGUCAGUGCAUCAAGAAUUGGACUACCUUUUGGAGCGGAAGGAAGAAGUUUGGCGGCAAUAUUUAUCAAGCAAAAAAAAAAGGGGGGAAUUUUUCAACGAGAAGGGAAAUUGAUUAACAAUAAAAAGACAUGAAUUAUAUAUAUAUAAUGAAUUACAUGCUGGAUUCUCUUUUUUUCUUAUUGUAGGAUACAUGCUUGAUUCUCUUAUGUGUGAAGUAUAAACAUUUGUUUAACAAAAAAUAUAUAUAUAUAUGAAUUGUUGUCAAUCAAUAAUCCAUAUUAUAAGAAACAUAUCUUCUCCCGUUGUGCUAUAAAGGUUGACCUUGCGAAAACAUUUGAUUCGGUUAAUUGGAUGUAUUUGUUUAUGAUGAUUGAGAUAAUGGGAUUUCCAGUUUUCUUUACUAAUUGGAUUAAACUGUGUGUCAAGACUGCUAAAUUCAGUAUUAGCAUUAAUGGUGGGCUUUGUGGUUACUUUGGGGAUAAAAUGGGGGUUAGGUCACCCUGCCUCUUUAUCAUUGCCAUGGAAGGGCUUUCUUUUCUGUUGAAUGACUAUGCAGCUGCCGGUGUGUUACCAUUUCAUUCACAGUGCAAGAGAGUGCAGCUUACUCACCUGAGCUUCGCGGAUGAUCUACUUAUCUUUACAAAAGGAUCAGGCAUAUGUAUUUCUAAAGUACAUGAUAUUCUUUCUGAAGUCUAUCUACUUUCUGGUCUCAAAUGCAAUCCAGCUAAGUGUGAAGUUUAUUUUGGUGAUCUGUCCGUCGCGUUCAAGGGUAAUACUCUACAGAUUUCAGGGUUUUAGGAGCGAGAGCUUCUUGUAAGGUAAUUAGGGUUUCCCUUGAUUUUGGGUAAGCUGUCUUCUGUUAAAUGUGAGAAGCUUGUGGCGAAGAUUACUCAGAAGUUACAAUCAUGGAGGGCAAAACGUCUUAGUUAUGCAGGUCGUCUUCAACUGAUCACUUCUGUAUUAAUGGGUGUUUUUCAGUUCUGGAUGCAAGUUUUUCUGCUCCCAAAAAAAGUGCUGAAGCAUAUUCAACAUAUCUGUUCUCAUUUUUUGUGGCAUGGUGGAAAGGAAGGCAGGGCAAAAACUGAAUUGGAUAGAAUGGCUUGUUCUAGGAAAGAGGGAGGUUAGGGACCGAAGGAAUUAUGCUCCUGGAACCAGGCUUGCACUGCUCGAAUGAUGUGGCUUAUUCUGAUGCAAAGUGGUAUAAUCUGGGUGGCUUGGAUAAGGAUGAACAGGAUCAAACAAUGUAGCAUCUGGACUGUGAAACCCAGCUCAUGGGCUUGGUGAAGAAUUCUGAAAACACGAUCUCUUCUCUAGCCUCACUUUAGUUUGCAGGGAAGGGAGGUUCCAUGGGACAAUCUUCCUAUGCCUCGAUUCUUGAUUGUUGCGGUUUGGACCAAGAGGGGAUUUCCACUCUCUAGGUUAAUUUCACCCAAUAUUGAGUUAAAGCUAGCACACUCAAUCAUUCAUGAAUAAUACCUCAAAUAUUAUAUAAAAAUCUCAAUCAACACAAAAGCUUCAUGUUCUUACAUCCUAACAUAUAGAGAGACUAGGAUUCACAAUACCCAAGUGAGUAGGUAGGCUAUUCCAUAGCUAAACAAGAGAAAACAACAAAAAGGAGAGAAAUAACCAUGAAGUGAUGUCAAUCUUUCCUCCUUGUUGCUUGAGACACCCUUGAGAUGAAGAUCAAUCCUCUAGCUAGGAACAAGCCCAAAGCUCCUUCUUCCUCCUUUGAUUUGCACUUUCUCACUCUAGAAGAAACCCUAACCCCUCACUAGAAUCCUCUUUAUUCUGAAAAAUGAAAACCUAACCUAAAGUGAAGCUCUCUCUUCUUCUUCCUUUCAGCUCACAUUUUAUACCAGGAUCGGGCUCAGUUCAUGGCCGUGAACUCUUCAACGCGUCCGUGAACACAGAGCAUUGUGUCGAAACACACCGCUUCACUUGCAUGAGUUCACAGUUUGCACUCAAUGUUCACGGUCUUGUUGACCGUGAACUCGCCUUGGGCUAGUAACUACAGAUUUCUCCCUGGACGCCUCACGGUUCACGGUUUAUGGCUUCAGUUCACAGCCUUAGUAGACCGUGAACUCCAAUGGGAAACCGUUUUGCGCUUUUUGAACUCCAAUUUUCCCAAAAUUAGGCCUUGACCCUUCCACACGUGCUAGACCUGAAAUGUAUCAAAACAAGCACAACCUAGCGUGAAAUAUGUCGAGGAGCGAUGAAAUGAAAAGUCAAACUAUCAAGAAAUGAGGGGCAAAAUGUGUACAUUUGGACCCGAAUCAGGGGACAACAAGUUGGUCCUGGAUUUGAAGGAAUUGAAGGAGAAUCAACAUCGAGGUGCUAAUCAGCUUCAAAACCAAAAUGAGGAAGCGGGAGCCGUGGAAGAGCCAAGGACUAUGGGCUAUUACAUGGCUCCACGGGCGGCGGAUAUACAAUCUCCCAUCUUACACCCACCCUUGGCCGCCAACAACUUUGAAAUCAAGCCCUCUUUCGUGAUGAUGAUUCAAAACAACGCCUUAUUCCACGGGCUUGCCAAUGAAUCACCACGAGAGCAUGUUCAAAGGUUUCUUGAGGUUGUGGGAAGCUUGAAGAUAAAGGUGUUCCCGAGUAGGCAUUGCAACUGAGGAUAUUCCCUAUUCUUUGGCGGGGAAGGCCAUUUGAUGGCUCAACAACCAAAAGGCUCGAUCCAUCACCUCUUGGGAUGAUUUACUCAACAAGUUCAUGACCCGAUAUUGUCCUCCUUCCAAGACGUCCCAGUGGAGGAAGAAUAUCACUCACUUUGAGGAAGAGGAAAAUGAGACUUUGAGGGAUGCAUAGGAAACAUUCUCCGACUACUUCCUUCAAUGCCCUCAUCAUGGAUUCGAGGAGCAAUCUCGGAUAGAGACUUUCUAUGGAGGUCUCAUUCAAGAUGAUAAGAUUCUCAUCGACUCUCUUUGCGGUGAUGUCUUGCGGUUGGUGUUCGAGCACUAAUCAUGAAAUUGCGGAUUGCCAAGUCAUAAAGGAGACAAACACCCUCGAGGAGCAAGUGAGUUUCAUUGCCAAUGCUAGAGGGAACAACCCUUAUAGCAACACCUACAACCCCGGGUGGCACAAUCAUCCAAACUUCGCUUGGUUUUCCCCUUCCAAUCCAAGACCUCCCGGCUUCCAAGGUCUGACGGGCAACUAUCAACCUCGACCGACUUUCAUCCAACAAAUGCCUCAAUUCCAAAACUCAAACUUCCAACAACCAUACCUAUAACAAGAUGGUCAAGGGUUUCAACAACAACAAGUUGAUAAGUUCUCUAAACUUUAAGAGCUUGUGACCACCUUUGUGAGUACAAGCUCUCAGAAGUUCAAGAAGAUUGAGCAAUUCAUGGAAGUGGCAACCUCCAAGUUUACCUCGGUUGAGGCGGGACUUUGAAUUCAUCAAGCAAGUCUCUAGAACUUGGAAGUGCAAAUCGACAAUCUUGUUGGGAUCCUCACCGAGAGACCUAAGGGAGCCCUACCCUCUCAAACCAUUACAAACCCCAAGGAUCAUGUCGAGGUUAAUGAAAUUCACUUGAGAAGUGGGAAGGUGACUCCGGAGGUCGUUGCCAAAGAAGUGAAUGUGAAGGAAGACCCUCUACCCGAGGGUGGAGAAGAAGAAACCUCAAGAGAAAAGAGAGGAGUAGCGAGGAAGGCAUCGCCAACGCCACCACCUAUGGCUGAGUACACGCCACCCCUACCUUUUCCCAAGAGGGUGCACAAGGAAAGAUUGGAAGCUGAAUAUGGAGGUCUCAUAGAGAUGCUCUGAAAGCUCCACCUCAACAUUCCCUUCCUUGAAGCAAUCGCCCACAUGCCAAGGUAUUCAAAAUACCUCAAGGGGCUUCUCUCCAAGAAGCCAAAGUUCGAAGACCUAGCCAAUGUCACUCUAGGAAAGGAGUUGUAACACCCUACCCCUAUGCGUAUUACCUAAUCACAUUGCUCAUACAAUUGCAGCGGAAAUAAUCUCGGGUGUUACAUUAAUUACAAAAUUUACCCAAUUAAAAUUUCGACAUAUAUUACUCGCGUAAUGGGCUAACAGUUCUUGUAACUAAAUCCUGCAAAAUCAUUUAUCUGAAUCCCUGCAUCCAUAGACAUACACAUAUGCCCAUAACCAUAUACAUUGGCUUUCAUAGCCAUGGUCACAGUUUCAUACUACAUAACUGCAUACCAUACUGAUACAUGCUAUAAUCGUCACAACUUACAUACUGAUACGCAUAUUAUCAACUUACCACACUUAUGGAUAUCUCACACUACAUCAUAAGCUAGUAUGGACAUGAAAAACAUUCUCAAAACAUUUUUUUUUACAAAAGGGUGUGGAUCACUGGCCAAAAUCCCGAGUAGUAGUCCAAGCACAGAAUAGUUGAAGACCAUACCUCAUCUUUCCUUCAACUCUUGGUCAGCUUCCACUUAUACACCUAUCUACUGCUGCUGAUGUUGAUGAUCUGCUUACACAUGGCAUACGCAAAGAAAAGGAUGAAGAGGGUCAGCUCAUGGCUGCGUGAGACAAUCAUUGCAUUGUGAGUUCAUAACAAAGCAUACCCCUACCA